CAGUGCCAUCCAUUGACAUGACUUGUAAUGUAAUCAAAACAUGUGUACAACAAACACAUGUGUUGUGUAUGUAUUGAAUGUGUGAUUGUUUUGUUGAGUUAUUAAGUGAUAAAUAAAAUGCCGAAAAUCAGGUCCGACAAGAAGUGUCGCCCACAUAAAGAUGUCCAGAAACAAGGCAUCGGAUUUGAUAAGACUUUGGGUCAACACAUACUCAAGAAUCCACAAGUUAUCACAAGUAUGAUUGAAAAGGCCAGUUUGAGGCCAUCGGAUGUAGUGCUCGAAGUGGGUCCGGGAACGGGUAAUAUGACCGUUCAAUUGUUGGAAAAUUGCAAACAAGUGGUGGUCUGUGAAGUCGAYACAAGACUGGUCGCUGAGCUCCAGAAGAGAGUCCAAUCAACACCAUUGCAAAACAAAUUAAAGAUAACAGUCGGAGACGUCCUCCACAAAGAGUUGCCAUUCUUUGAUGUUUGUGUGGCUAAUCUUCCCUAUCAGAUAUCGUCGCCAUUUAUCUUCAAAUUAUUACUUCAUCGACCAUUCUUUAGGUGUGCUGUUCUUAUGUUUCAGAAAGAGUUUGCACAGCGAUUAGUUGCAAAAGCCGGUGAUAAGCUAUACUGUAGACUAUCGGUUAAUACACAACUAUUAGCCAGAGUAGACAUAUUGAUGAAAGUGGCCAAAAAUAACUUUAGACCGCCGCCGAAGGUCGAGUCGAGUGUCAUAAGAUUAGAACCAAUUAAUCCGCCGCCAAAUAUCAAUUUCAAAGAAUGGGAUGGAUUGUUAAGGAUAUGCUUUCAGCGCAAAAAUAAGACACUUUCGGCUCAAUUUAAACAUAAUUAUGUCAUCGAUAUGUUGAGCCAUAAUUAUCGGGUCCACUGUUCACUCAAUAAUAUUUCAAUUGAUAACAACUUUGACAUCAAAGACAAUAUACAGAAAAUACUAAAAGAUAACGAAAUGGAUGAUAAAAGAUCGCGAACUAUGGAUAUCGACCACUUCUUAAUACUUCUUCAUGCUUUCAAUAGUCAAGGAUUUCAUUUUACUUGAUUUUUAAUUACUUUAUUUAUACUUAAUUAAUAAAAUUUUAUUUAUAAAUUGUUAUCGCUUU